CACAAAAAGUCAGGACAAGAGGAAGGAGAAGGGAAUAGCACAGGGUUCAGAAGCUACCGUUUCAAUUUGCGAAGCCUCGAGAUCAACCUCUCUCUUCCCAUUCGCCGAUGCGAAGAAAAUGAACUCAACAUGUGAUUCUCAACCCUCCACUUUCUUGGUACUUCUUCUACAAUCUCUGUCUUCCUCUUGCAAUCGAGGCGGCGAUGGCGGCUCUUCUCAGCUCCUCAGGGACUUGGUCACUCGAGAAGUCAAUGCUUUUCUGUGGCUUGCUCUUAUUGUCAUCACUGCGCUUUUGCUCAGGAAGGUCGUCAAGUUGUUCCGAUUGUGGUAUCAAGCUAGGAACAUUCCUGGGAUUCCCAGUCCUUCCUUUUACGGACACUGCAAGCUUAUUUCCCGGGAGAAUUUCACUGAUCUGCUGUCAGAAUCUCAUAAAAGGUAUGGGCCAGUUGUUAAGCUAUGGUUAGGUCCUACUCGGCUUCUGGUGUCGGUUAAGGAUCCAGUGCUAAUUCAAGAGAUGCUUGCAAAGGCUGAAGAUAAGCUACCUUACGCUGGAAAAGCUUUUCGUCUAGCCUUUGGGCAAUCAAGUCUCUUUACUUCUUCCUUUAAAGAGGUGCAAAAGAGAAGGGAAUUCUUGGCCACAGAAUUGAAUGAAAGAUUGCUCGAGAAUGCUGACCUGAUUCCUUCAACAGUUGUUGACUUCAUCAUGCAUAAAAUAGAAAACAUCAGAGGAGAUAUUGAUUGUAGAUUGGUUUCUCAGAAUAUGGCUUUCAGCAUAAUGGGAUCAAUGUUCUUUGGAGAUGACUUCUUAGCAUGGCCUAAGGCUGCAAUUUAUGAGGAACUCCUUAUGAAGAUUGCUAAAGAUGCUUGCUUUUGGGCGUCCUAUAAUGUGACUCCCUUCUGGAAACGUGGAUUUUGGAGAUAUCAAUGCCUAUGCACGAAAUUGAAAUGCUUAACUCAAGAUAUCCUUGAACAUUGCAGAAAAAAUUGCAAGCUUUUUCAUCGCAUUGAACAUAACGGCCAUAGUGAAAAAUCUAACACAGAAAUGGGGACAGCUCAUGGUGCACAGCGCUAUUCUGAUGUUGACUGCCCAGGUUUCCUAGGUCAGCAUAGGGAUCGUGACACUGGAAAAGAAGAGCCUUGUGGAAAUAUCAUGGGUAUGAUGUUUCAUGGAUGUCAAACUACAGCAGCGCUAAUCUCCAAUGUAUUGACUAUGCUUGUCAUGCAUCCUGAAGUACAGGAUAAGGUUUAUUCGGAAAUCACCACUGUGGGGAAGAAGCCAUCGAAGUAUGAACAGGAAGAUAUUUAUAGGAUGCCCUUACUAUUGGCUACAAUUUAUGAAUCUGCACGUCUUCUGCCAACAGGGCCCUUGCUGCAAAGGUGUUCUCUGAAACAUGACUUGAGCUUUGCAACUGGGGUAACCAUACCUGCUGGAGCUGUACUGGUAGUGCCUAUUCAGCUGGUACAGAUGGAUGACUCCAAUUGGGGUAGUAACGCCCAUGAUUUCAAUCCUUACCGAUUUUUGUCAAAUGCUGGAAAGGGCUCUAAGGUGGUUCUUGAUUCUACAAGCACAGGUUCUGCUGAAGACCAUACAAAUCCUGGUAUUGACUCAUUGCUCUUGAACGAUCCAAAUGAAAAUGCAGCAUUUCUUCCUUUUGGAUCUGGUACCCGUGCCUGCGUUGGCCAGAAAUUUGUUGUUCAAGUUGUUGCGACAUUGUUUUCACUGAUUCUCAAAAAAUAUGAGAUAAAGCUUCACUCUGGACCAGAAAGUGACCCAAAACUGACCUUGAAGAAUAGUCUUCUUCAGCAGCUCCCUAAUUCGCCAAUAGUAUUUAAGAAAAGGGUCAACUGACAGUAAUGAAGUGAAAGUGCGCUCUGUAUGUGGAUGUAGUUAUAAUAUAUAAGUCAAUUCAAACACACACUAUCCUGUUUUUCCUUAUAACUUCCCUUCACAUCAUCUUUUUCCUCUCUCCCGAGGUGAACCGGGAAGCUCUCCUCCAUGUUUGUGGCUCGUCGCUGUCAGCUGGGAGGAUGCAACAUGAGUUUCAUAAGAGACCUUAGGUUUUUUUCCUCCUGACUUUUAUCAAUAGCCCUGGUGCUUGGCUUUUUGGCCAUGUCACAUCUAUUUGCUUGUGUUUGAAGCACUGUGGGUCUAUUGCUGCGUCAGAGCCUUAUAUUUUCCUCUCCCUUCCCUUUUGGAUAUGAUGCGUUGUAUUUCAUGUUGCCAGCUUAUCUUUUUCACUCCUGAAGGAGUUUGUUGUUAUAUCCCAAAGUUGGCAUAAUGUGCUAUGAACUUUUUUACACAUUGUUAGGAUCACAAUGAUUAUAUAUAUAGUUUUCUUAUUUUGGUGCCCCUUGGGUAGUUUUUGAA